AUGUCUGGAGCUGUAGCUGCUGUAAAAAUUGCAUCUAUGACAACAAUGUUACUUUUAACAUUGAUCAUGGGAAGCAUUCCUCUCAGAAGUAAAUCUUUUAAAGAGAAUCAAAUGGUUUUGUCUCUAUCUUCUGCUUUUUCAGGUGGACUUUUUUUGGCUGUAGGUCUUCUUCAUCUUCUACCUGACGCUACUGAUAGUUUUGAAAGCUAUUAUACUUCUACUACUACUUAUACUUUAGCUAAUUAAAAUUCAGAUACUACUGCUUCUACAGAUUCAAGUUCAGACCAAAAUACUGUUGAUUGUGAUACAGUUUAAAAACAUUUUCCCUUUCAAAUGUUUAUUACAGCUGUUAGCUUUAGCUUAAUUCUUAUGAUUGAAAAAGUUAUUGGAAGUAAAUAUCAUGAUGCACUUCAUGCUGGUCAUGAACAUGAUCAUAACCAUAACCAUAAUCAUGAUCAUGGAUAAAAUGAGAAACAAGAUAUAGAAUGCAACUAACAUUAAAAGUAGGUAAAUAGUGAGUAAAGUCAAAAAAGUUCUAAAGUUUCACCCUAUAAAGAUGUUGAAAAAGUUUAAUUCGAAGAAGAUAACACUUCUCCAAUAAUUAGUGUUUAAAGAAACUGUGAUAAGUAAAACUCUUAAAGAAAAGAUGAAACAAUGCAAAAUGAAACAAUGAAUAAAACAUCGCUGCAAUGUGAUGUAUCACCAACUACUUCAAUGAUGAUGGCACUAAAAUUAAAUUAUGAAAACAGCGCAAUCGUAACUGAUAGAGUUAAGGAUGAAAUAUCUUAUGUAGAACCUAAAAAGGGAGUAGAAUAAUUAAUUGACUAAGUUACUAAUAGGGCUUAGUAAAAUAAAAAUAUUUAAUAAGAUAAAUAAGAGCUUUCAAUUAAUCAAGUGGUUUAAUAGAUUCCAGAAAACCAAAUCACUUCAUCAUAGUAAAGAAAAAUUGAAGUUAUCCGCCAAGUUUCUAAAGAAUUAGAUAAAAUUCAAAAAACUAAAAAGGUUUCAAUAACACCUUUUGUCAUUUAGUUAGCUUUCGGAAUACAUGCAACCUUAGAAGGUCUUGCAAUUGGUGUUUAAUAAAAUCUAGGUCUCUGCUUAACUAUAUCUUUAGCAGUUGUAUGUCAUAAGUGGGCAGAAGGGCUUGUCGUUGGUCUUAGUCUUAAAAAAGCAGGAGUCCCAGUUACUAGAGCUACUUUUAUGAUAGCACUCCAAGGUAUGAUGAAUCCUUUCGGUAUUGGAUUAGGUUGGGCCUUAAGUGAUGCAGGAGAUCUUGUAAGUGGAAUUUUAGUGAGUAUAAGUGCAGGAACCUUCCUCUAUAUUGCAACUGUAGAAGUUAUUGUUGAAGAAUUUAACCUUGAGAGAUAUAAAAUAAUUAAAUUUUUACUUUUCUUAGUCGCUAUUGGUUUUAUUUCAUCACUUUGGGCUGUGGAAUAAGCAACAGGAGCAAGUUGA